AGUAACAAUUACUGAACGUCGGAGAAAGGAAAGUUUACUGGGAGUAAAGAAAAGAGAAAAACACAUUCAAAUGGCAACGGAGUACUCAGAUCUGGAGAGGGCCAUCGACACUCUGGUCACAAAUUUCCAUGCUGCCUCUGCAGACAAUAGCGCCACUCUGAAGACAGAGGAAUUUAAAGGCCUUCUUUCCUCCCAGUUGCCCAACUUGGUCAAGACUUCAGGUACGGACGGGCUUGGAGAAGUGCUGAAGCAGAUGGGAGUGAAUGAUGGGGAGGGAAUCACGUUCAAACACUUCUGGAACCUGAUCCAGACUGUGGCCACCAGUCAACACGGCCUACUCAGUCAUGAGAAGGUCUCCAAGUGUAGCUGCGUGCUACUGUGAGGGUUCAGGCCUUACACAGCGAGCAGCAGACCAGGCCAGACAGGGAGAGGAAAAGAACAUGUUGGCCACUCAAAAUCUAGCUUUCUCGUGUCAGUGUAUUGUACCCCAAACCACUUAAUUGCCCACAGACCACUAACAUCUCCUUUUUUUCUUCUGGUUUUUUUUUUUUCCCCGAAGAAAACUUGACCUGACACAUUUUGUAGAAGGAAAACGCCUGUUCUACUCUGUAGUUCUUUGUAGUUCAUCAAAAGUGAAACUUCGAUCUAUUUUCCCUCAUUUGCAGUUGUCAAAACUAAACCCACCACAUUUUUUCCAUCCAGGUUUGGUGUUUUUCCACUAUGUCAUAGUCUGUAGACGAAAUUAAUGGAAUGCCAUAACCUUUUAUACCACUCCUUAAGAUUAAAAUGCAUUUGUUAUUUUGUUUUCUACUUCUGAUCAUACAAGUGAAAAUACUCUUUAUCUCCAUGUUGUGUGUUUUAGUGGAAUUGU